AAAUGAUAACACCACCAGUGUGUGGUAUUAUCAAUAAAGCUAUUGUCAUUUGUCAGUGAGUUGUUUAUUUAAUUAUUAUUAUUUUAUUACAUCUAUUUUGUUUAAAAUUUUGAUGUUGAUAUAAUCAAAAGCCGAUUAAAAAUUACCAAUUCGGAUCAAUAAACUCUGAUUGCUAUUUAAAAGAAUUACAUAAAGUCAAAAUUAACAAUCUUGUUUGAUAUGCAAUGUCCGUGUCCCUUUGUGUGUUAAGAUUUGAAUUAACCGAAGACGAAUCACUGGCGGACGAAACGCAACAGCAAACGUUGACAAAUUGGGAUAAAAGAAAAAUCAUGUCUGCCCGUGGCCGUCGAAAAUCUAGAGAACUUACAGUGGAAACAUAUGGACAUGUGAAUGAAAAUGUGGAACCAUUGGUGGAUGAGAAAUUAAAAAAAAAUGAAUUUAUCAAAAAACCUAAUACCAAAGCUUUGAAAAAGAAGAAUAAAAAUAAAAAUAAUUCAAAGGAGAAUUCAGCUAUGCAAAUUAAUUUUAUUUCAGGGAAUCCUUUUGUUGAAGUUACAAAAGGCGUGCUACAUGUUUAUAAAGAAAAUAAGUUGACACCGGUUGACAGUGCAAGUAGUCGAAGUCAAAUGGUGUGUAUUUUAUCAGUUCCCGCUAACAUGAAUUGCCAUGACUUGUUGACUUUUAUUGCGGCUUGCCAAGAAAAUAUUCAUCAUAUUAGAAUAAUUCGAGAUGCUUCUUCUUUAAACCAAUAUAUGACUUUAAUUUCAUUUAGAACACAAGAAGCUAUAAUGGACUUUUUCCAUUCAUUUAAUGGCAUGCCAUUCAAUUCAUUGGAACCAGACUGCUGUUGCAAUCUUGUAUUUGUAUCUAAAGUAGAAGUGAUGAAAGAAGACCAACCAGGAUGCAGUGCUCCACCAUCUCAGCAUACAGAAUUACCAGUAUGUGCUGUUUGCUUGGAACGUAUGGAUGAAUCUGUGGAUGGAAUUUUGACAAUACUCUGUAAUCACUCUUUCCAUGGAAACUGCUUGACAAAAUGGGGUGACACUAGUUGUCCAGUUUGUCGUUAUGUUCAAACUCCUGAAUCGGUUCCAGACAACCAUUGCCAGGAAUGCCAUUCUUCUGAAUCGUUGUGGAUAUGUCUGAUUUGCGGCUAUGUGGGGUGUGGGCGUUAUGUGCAAGGACAUGCUUACAAUCAUUAUUUGGAAACAUCACAUUGUUAUUCAAUGAAUUUAGGAAAUAAUCGUGUUUGGGAUUAUGUUGGUGACAAUUUUGUCCAUCGCCUAGUGCAAAAUAAAGGAGAUGGAAAAUUGGUCGAGGGGAGUACUCCUGGCAAACUAGAUGAUACAGAUCAGAAACUUGAGUCGGUCCAGUUAGAAUUCACCUACCUUUUAACUACUCAGUUAGAAUCACAAAGAAAGUAUUUUGAAAGCCAAAUGAAACAUUUUGAAGAAAACACAUAUGUUGAGGUAAAUGAAAUAAAGGCAAAUGCUAAAGCAGUGAUAGAAGAAAAUGAAAAAUUACAUAAAAUUAUCAAUGGUGCAAAUAAGGAUAGUGGUAUUCUAGAAAAGAAAAUUGAAGAAAAUAAAAAUCUAUUGGAAAAAGUAAACUCUAUGAACAAAGAUAAAUCUAAUUUAGAAAAAAAGGUAAAUAGUUUGACUACCAAACUGGAACAAACCAAACUUAAAUUAGAUGAAGAAUGUCAGAUGAACUCAGCUUUACGAAAAAAUCAAACCGAGUGGCAUGACAAAUUUUCUCGUCUAGAGAAUGAAUUCACCAAUUAUAAAGUUACAAAAGAUCAGGAAAUAUCAGAGCUAAAAGAUCAAGUUCGAGAUCUUAUGUUCUUCUUAGAAGCUCAAAAUACAAUUGACAAAAGUGCUAAUCGAGAUGAUAUUUUAAAUGGUUCAUUAAUUGUUGAUGAACAAAAUCAGUCAUCUGGUCCUAGUAAAACUCGUAAACAUAAAAAACAAAGGUAAUAUAAUACAACAAUUCUUAUUGAAACUAUUAUGUUGUUAUUAAUGUAAAAUUUAGAAUUGUAUAAAUGAUGCCUAUUGUAUUAUUUUAAAUAAAGGUUGCUUGUGAUAUUAUUAAAUAAUUUUAUGAUCUUUUAAACAGUUUUGUAUUAAAACUCAAUAAACAACUAUUAAAUAUCAUAUUUUUUUUAUAUUUUAUAAUAUGAUGCGGUUGCAUCGUUACCCCAGCCGGUGGCGGAUGCUAACUACAUCCAUCACCGCUGGGUAGUGACCAUUAUAGUCCGUCAGGCCGCGCACCAGCAGCGCGAACAGCUGGAAAACUGCCGCCGAUAUACAGUAACAUGGCUUUUUAGUAUAUAACAUAUACCUAAUUUGUAUAUCAGCUGUAUAUUAAGAUUUUUGUUAAUAAAGUCAUCCGUGAUAAUA